AUUUAUUAUGUUUUUAAAACUUGCCUUUCUUUAGUCAAAAUAAACAUGUCGACUCUAACAAAUAAACCCCCAGUUUAUGGUGGCACCCCGUCUCCCACUCUACGUAGACGCAAAAUAAAUCGGCAAGCUCCAGUACCAAAACGAAGACAAAGCUCUCCUGCACGGAUAAAAAGGUCUAAAACAUUUGAUGGUUUUUAUUACAAACCUGAACUUCCUGUGUUAAGUUCAGAUGAAGAAAAAGAUGAAAAACCUGUGAGCAACAAAGAAGAAGAUAGCCUGGCAGAAUCCAACAAGAUGGUCCGACCAAGUAGUUUAACUGUAGAGGCUCUAGAAGUCACAGAAGAAAAAAAAAGUUAUAAUUUGUCUCGUAGGAGAAACACAGAAAAACCAAUUCCUCUAACAUCCAGUGUUCAUUCUUCGCAGUGCACAUGCCAACAGGAUGGGUUGAGCACCUGUGGAAGUGUACGGCGGAGGCAUACUCUUAGUCCUGUCGUGUCAAAAAAAGAACUCAUGGAAAAAGAAACAAAAUUGAUAGUUUUAGAAUAUUUAAGCUCGCUCUCCCCGAGACAACUUACUGCAUGGACAAGAUCAGGAAUGCGAGUUUCUUCUGACUACACCGAUGGGAAUGACUUUAAAAAUGAUUUAAGUCCUUCCAUUGAUAAAAAUAGUACGAAGUUAAAUUUAGAUGCCAAAAAUGAGCGAACAAGUAGCAAAAAGGGUUUCAAAUCCAACACGGUUACUAUAGGGGAAAAUGAACGUAAGCUUCUUUUACAACAAAUACAAGAACACAACGAAAUGCAGAACAAAAAGAACGGCAAAAGGCUAGCCAGAAGUGAGAGUGCCGUUACGACAGAACAUUAUACAAAAAUGAAGAAAAAAUUAGAAGAGAUGCAAGUGCCAAUUAGACAAUGGAUUGACGAAAAGUUGAAACAAGAAAUUACUAAAUUUGAUAAAAGUAAUCUAAACACAUCUCCACGGAAAAGGGUUUCCCCAUCACCUAGAAGAUCACCCCAGAAGAAACAGUUACCUUUAAGCCUGACAAUCCCCCGUCGAAGCAUGCAAAUGCAACAACACAUUGACUCUGCCGCUUUUACGCCUGACUCAUUUGCAGUGGACCGUUUAGAAGCUAUAAGCCAAGACAUCAUGCUAAAUUAUCCUGAAUUGCUUCAGGAAGCCAUCAGUGAUAUUUUAGAACCGUUACAUAAAGACCACUCCAUCACUUACGAUUUAUUUUCAAAUGUGGCCAAAACUGUUUAUAAUAUCAAGCUACCCAAGGUGUCUGAGACGGUUUGGUCUCGAGUAGCUCUGGUUCUUUAUAUGGUGAAAGAAACCAUGUUCUUGGGUAAUUUAAAUGACACUCAACUGGAAGUGUUGGUAGAGCAUUCUGCGAAGUUCAUGUCUGAUAAUGUAAAUGAAACUGUGAAGAAUGAAGGUGGAUGGGAGGCAAUAGAAAUUGACGAUUUAAUUUACACGUCGACAUUCUUGGUUCACGGUCAAGUGAGCAGCGACGAUGAAAUAGACGACCAUUGUGACGUUGCUAAUAGAAAGAUAUCACGUCAUCAAAACAAUGAAAAUGGUAGCAUAGCAAAUAAAGUGACACAAACGAUCUCAGAUUGGACACCUUACGGUAUGGCUGCUCUGGCGGUUGGGUUAGGGUUAGCAUAUAGCUACCUAAGAACGUAAUUUUCGUUAGUUUGAUGUUAGCUUGUUUAAUAAACAAUAAAUUUACCGUUGUGUUGUAAUAAAAUGUAGUGUCUAGUAUUUCUAAUUUCUUGCUUAAAAAAUGAAAUAUAGAAAGGCAGAAUAACUUUCACUGUUAGGUUGUUAAGGGUACAGGGUCUUUUGAGCCACAAGUUGCCUAGCAUGUUGUUUGUAUAUAAGAUGGUAACAUCCAUGUUCGUGAUUCGAGCUCCACUUAUAUUCUCUAACAUGUUUAUAUUUCUUUAAAUGAUUGUCAACUCGGGUACAAAAAAAUAUUUAAAGAUUGCUAAUGCUGUUUAAACACUUAUAUAUGUUGCUUUUUAAAAAGGCUUUUGUUGCAGUCCAACUGAGAAUGUCGCUCAGUGAGGCAAAAGUUUCAGGAAGUGGAUGUGAGGCCUGACCGUUGCUAAACAAGUUGCUUAGUUUUCGGCCUAAUUCAAGGCCAAUACAUCCUUACUAACUGAGUUGCUUUUAAAAAACCGUGUGGUGAAACAAGUAAACAUGCUGCGCAACAUUGACACAUUAAAUAUAUAACCGUUAUUUUCCGAUAUUGUUUUGAAAAGUAAUGACAAGACUGAAACUUUUUUUUUUCAGUAAUCUUAAAUAUGAAAUUUAUGUUAUAUUAAGAUUGUUUUUAACUCGUGUAUAUUUCUAAACCGCGAACGCUUUGUGUUCUUUUAUGGUUUGUUUUUAAUGGAAACGUGCAAAAAUCUUCAUUGUCAAUAGAACGUUAAACAUUUAUCCCUAGCACAUGAUGACGUGCGCAAAACACCUUUUAAACUUUAAUUAUUCAUUUUAACGUCAAGACGUAAACCUAUUUUUUAUACCUGUGGCACAAUUCCAAAUUUCAAAUUUAAUACAAUUUAUUUUUAUUUAUUAAUGUUGUUAUUCUUAUUAUUAUUCAUGGUAUGAUCCAAAUCUUGUAGGAGCUUACCAAAAUUUUUGACUAUCUGGCAAACAAGGCAGGAUUCUAGUUUGUCGAUUUGAGCACUUUUCUGACUCUCAACUGACCUAUCGUUCACACAACCUCGUUCCCAGGACUUUGUCUCUCACCGGCGCUGUACUUAUUGACAGAUCUGAUUAGGUGUUCGUCCCGCCAUCAGAUAUGAAAAUAGAGACGUUAGGGGCUGGGAUCGAGGUUGUCUAUGUACCAACACAACCUACUUCACUUCAUACACUUCAAACAUAGCUAAAUUUUUAACAGUGUUAUUUUUAUACUUUCGAAUUAGUCUGUAUGUAUUGAAUUAGUUUGUAUAUUUUCCAUUAUCGUUUAAGAACGUGUACAUAUCAUUUAACAUUAGAAAAUGUUCGAAAGUUCAA